AGUCCUAAAUGAAGCGGCUGGGCGCUGCUGGGAGAAGGUGAAGGAAAGAUGGCGGCCGGAGCUGAAGCGAACCGUGGUCGCAGCCGCAGUAGCAGCAGCAGCUCCUCGGCCGCGCUGGAGGCCUCGCUGGACCGUCGCUUCCAGGGGGUCUCCAACACCAUGGAGUCCAUCCAGAGCCUGAGCUCGUUCUGUAUCGAGAACAAGAAGCAGCACGGCCUGGUGGUGCGCUGCUGGAUGAAGUGGCUGAAGAAAUCGGAUCCAAGUCACAGGCUGAAUCUCUUCUACCUCGCUAAUGAUGUCAUACAGAACUGCAAGAGGAAGAAUGCUAUCGUGUACCGCAGUGCUUUUGCUGAUGUCCUACCAGGCGCCGCCCUGCUGGUCAGGGAUGCUAAAGUGCGUAAAUCAGUGGAGAGGAUAUUCACCAUCUGGCAGGAGAGAACAGUUUAUCCAGAGGAGUUGAUCACAGAGCUAAAGGCCGCACUACAUAAGAAAGAACAGCCACCACCACCUACUGUUAACCCUAAAACUGCCCUCAAGUCAAAGAUUGUGGCAGAGUUUGCUCCACAUGCAUUAAUCGAGAGCUUGGCUGCAUAUAAGCACUCUAUGGAGGAGAGUGAGCUGAAGGAGAAGCAGCUGGCUGCUCUAAGAGUGGAUGUAUGCAGCACGGAGGCCCUCAAGAGGCUCAAAGAUAAAGCAGGAGGGAAUAAGUUUUCUAAAGACUUUGAGGAGGGCGGCAUGAAGCUGCAAGAGUUUGUGAAGUUUUUGGAGGGACAGAUGCAAGCUGGACCUCCUCUGCUGGAAGCUCUGGGGAAUGCAGAGGUCUUCUAUGAAAUGCAGUACAAAGAGGUCAAGAUUGUUGCCAAUGCAUAUAAAACUUUUGCUAAUCGAGUGUCCAGUCUAAAGCGUAAACUGGAUGCCCUGAAGUCCACACUACCAGACCUGGACGACUCACCCAUCCCCUCUCCAUCUGAAGAUGCUCCCUCGCCCACAGGCUCCGAUUCACCCUUCCAUGGGCUGGUGGGCAGAGCAGGACAGGGCAGUACAGACCGAGAGGGAGCGAGAACAGGAGACCAGAAAGACAACAGAGAUUUGGAGGACAUGGACCUUUCAGAAGAAGAAGAAGAAGAAGAAAAGGAGGAGGAGUCCACAAACAAAAGCAGUAUUGUUGAAGACAAAAAAGAUAAAACCUCCCCAGUGGCUGCUUCCAAGACAGCCAAUGCAACCGCCACCAAAUCUCCUCUCACCACAGCUUCCCCAGCUUUAGCCACUCCUGCAAAGUCAUCUUCAGAGCCUGCAGCCAAUCAGAUCGCACCAUCACCUGCUGCCCCCACCCCCACCACACCUGUACCUCCAAGCCCUGCUGCUCUGCAGAUGAAUUUGGCCAAUGUGGAUCUAGGGAAGAUUAGCUCCAUCCUCAGCAGCAUCACUAAUGUGAUGAAGAGCACCGGUGUAAGUCCUGUGUCCCGCCCUUCACCAGGAACACCCACUACACCAUCUAGCCACGCCCCUUCAAAACCUCCUCCCAGUGGAACUCCUACACCCAAUCCCUUGGCCAGUAUCCUGUCCAGAGUAGACAUUUCUCCUGAGGGUAUCCUCAGUGCCCUCACAAAGACACAGACCAACAGCCCACGUCUGCAAGGAUUAUCCUCUCUCUUGUCCUCUGCCCGUGCCGGCACUCUCAGUUCUCAAAAUCCCACCCCUUCCUCCUCUACCCCGACAUCCUCAACCAACACCACAGCGACAAGUACUACAACCCCAAGCACCCCUAAGACUCCAAAAGCUUCUGCCAACAGCCUCAAGCGUGAACCAGAACUUGAGCGAGGUCUGGAGUGGGACCGGGUGAAAGAGAAAGACCGUGAGAAAGAGAAGAACAAGGAGAGGGACAGACGGGAGAGGGAGAGAGAAAGGGAAAAAGAAAAGGAUAGAUCGAGGGAGGUGCCACCUAUGCCCAGCUUGGAGUCAAAAAUCAACAGCUUCCUGCAAGGAAACCCUGGUUUCAGUGCUCUUGGUCUGGAUGAUGGGGUCAGUAACAGCCCCCUGUUGGUAGGUGGAGACAAUGCGGAUAGUACUCCGGUCCGAGAUGAAAGUGGCAGCACUCCAACACAAGACGAGAUCAUGGAUGACCAUUGUGUCCCUAGUGACCAGAAACAGGGUUCAUCUGGAGCUCUUUCCCCGACUGCAUAUCAUAGUGACCCCUGGGACGCUGUAAUCACUCCAAGAGAGGAUGAGCGAAAGGACAGAGACUACCGCACCCCAUCCUCAGCCUCACGGCCACAGGCCUUUAGCCCGAGCACUAAAAAUGCAAGUAGGAGCACCGUGAAAGGCAAAGAGCAGGAUAGCUUGAAGAGAAAAUCCGGAGGAUCCACAAGCUCCAAUUCUUCUGUGCAAGAUUUGGGUGCAAAGGCACUUAAGAUGGAGGGAUCUGGAGGAAAGAGUCUCACCUUGCGCAGACCUAGUGGUGGGUCUCAGAAUGGAGGAAAGGAAAAGGAGGAGAAGGGGAAGAAAGGAGGAAAGAAGGAGGGGGACAGUGAACACUACCACCGCAUUGAGACUGUGGUGUCUAAAACAGCCAGCAGUAAAGAUGGUGCGCCCAUAGAAGCAUUGGGCUACAGCAACCGCAUCCAGACAGUAGAGAGCAUCCGCGUGAUUGGCCGAGGCCCUCGGAGGGCGAGUGGAGCUGCAGGCAGAGCAGGGGGGACCUGGUACGAAGAGGAGGAGUUCAUGGAAGCCCCACCUUCAUCUCAUCCUGGCAACCAUGCCGCUGAGAGCCCCCAAGAGCUAGGGAUGGUGCCACCACCUACGCAUCUGGUGCCCCAGUUCCCACCACCUCCUUACACUACUGAGGACUCAACACAUCCUUUGCACACUCACCCUCUCCCCCUGCACCGCCCACCAUCUUCUCCUUUUUUCCUGACCCUUCCAGUUCCACCCAUCCCUCAGCCCCACCCCCCUUCUGUGGCUCCACCUGCAACAGCCCCACCCUUACCCCAGCCCCCACCAGCCCCUCCUAGAGACUUCCCUCUCUCCCCCACCUCUGCAGUAAUGGUAGGCGGUGUCUUGGUGCCCAUCGAUCGCGUCCUCCCACACCCACCUGCAAACCUGCGCCCAGAAGGGGCCGGGACUGGCAAUUCCGCCUCCGCCAGGGGUAAUCCCUUGCCCCUGCGCCCCGGCACACUUAAAGAGCAGUUUCUCCCUCGCCAUGCUCCCCCUCUCCAUCGCCCUGGUGCCCCAGGCAUACCUCCGCCCCUUUUGGGCAGAGUGCGAGAGGGCCCACCAUCACCUUCCACUCCAACCACACCCACAACGCCCUCUCCAACUGGUGAGCCACGCCCCCUCCUGCCCUCUCCAAAUUGUCUCCCCACCCCACCUGGGUCUCAGAGAUCCCGUCGGCCCCCUUCCCCACAUGGCUUGCUCUGCCCACCCCCUCACGUGCCCCACACCUCACCCCUCUCCCAGAGGCCGUUGCCCCGAGGGGGCCUGCCACUUCCCCUGCCCCUUCCCCCUCCUGCGCUCUCACGAGAGCCACUGCUGCCUGGAAUGAAGCGGCAUGGUCCUACCUUUCGAGGAGGACCGCUGCACCCCACAAAGAGACCCUUUAUGCCCCCUCGUUACUAGUAACUUAGUUCGAAUAAAGGUCAGCCUGCAGUUUAUUCUCCUGCUGUGAUCUGGUGUUGGAAGGGUUGGCACCAGACUCUGGGCCAUAAUUAAAGUCUAAACACACACACUUACUGCUGCCCCCUCUCCUUCCAACCCUGCUCACCCACAGCCAGCAGUGAUCACUUGCUUUAGACUAAGAGAAGUCUUCGAGGCAAAUGGUGGAGUGGACGAAUUAGGAGGGAAGGUCUGAAAGGAAGGCAACACAACAAAGAUGAAUGGAAUGAGAGAGAAAAAAGGCCAAAGGUGGUUAUUCAGUUCAGUUCCACUUUUUUGGAAUGGAGUAGAACGAAUGAAGGAGUGUGUGUGUGUGUGGGUGCGUGUGCGCAUUAGCAAAGACAAGUUUUCUCCGUUACCAAUCUGUAAUCAUAAAUGUAAAUAGAAACUUUAGAUCUUUCCUUCUUGUAACUAUUUCUGCUCUUUCCCACUGUGUAUGGCUUCUGCUUCCCAACAGCUCUAAAUGAAGGGGGGAAACAAAACAAGCAUUUCUGCUCUCUAAGCUCUGUCACUCUCUUUCUGUAAACACUUAACAGUCCAGUUCAUCUCUGCUUCAACUCUAAUCUGAAUAAAACAUUUGAUUUAGCACUGGCCAUCUAGGGCCGUUUGUAAUGCCAUUUGCCGUUCUUUAAGGCUGUGGCGCAGAAAUAAGCUAGCAGAGCAGAGCAACUCCAGCCUCAGAGUGGAUUUUCUAAUGCUUUCUUCCUCGUAUCUGUUGUUCAGUUUUGAACCGAGCUCUCACGUGUAUUGUUGCUAAUAAAAGCCCUGCGCUGAGAAACAAGAA